GGCGUUGAGAGCGUACAGUGAAUGGGGGGAGUAGCCUUCACUACACCGCUCUGCUCGGCUCUUAGGACUGGAGUGGACUGUGUUUAUAUUCCAGUCGAGUGGAAAAACGACCGUCCUGGAUGUAGCCUACAAUCAUGUUGUCGGCGUUGGAUUGUGGAUCACCACCGAAAGUGUUUGAAUAUUGAGAGCUGGGAGGGAAGCAGUCUGGAAUUGUAGUCAUGGGAGGUCAGCUAACGAGAAAUGCCUUGUACGACUCGCUCGGAGGCCAGUUCCCCUCCGCCGCACACCGGUGCCACCACAAGCCCAAGCGCUGCCUGCCCAUCCAGCAGUGUGUGGUCGGGGGCGGCCUGGCCCUCAGCCCGCUGCUCUUCCACCCCAACACCAAGGGCUCCCAGAUCGUCAUGGACCUGUCCCAGCGGACUGUCAAGAGGCAGGCCAGCUUCUGCAAUGCCAUCACCUUCAGCCACAGGCCUAUAGCGCUGUACGAGCAGGUUCGGAUCAAGAUCACUAAGAAGCAGUGCUGCUGGAGUGGGGCCCUUCGCCUGGGUUUCACGGCUAAGGACCCAUCCCGCAUCAACCCUGAAAGCCUUCCCAAGUACGCGUGUCCGGAUCUGGUGUCACAGAGUGGAUUCUGGGCCAAAGCCCUCCCCGAGGAGUUUGCCAACGAAGGGAACGUCGUCGCCUUCUGGGUGGACAAGAAGGGACGGGUCUUCUAUAGAAUCAACGAGUCCAACCCGAUGUUGUUCUUCAGCGGGGUCCGGACAGCCGAGCCGCUGUGGGCGCUGAUCGACGUCUAUGGGUUGACCCGCGGAGUCCAGCUGCUAGAGAGUGAGAUUGUUCCUCCUGACUGCCUGCGGCCACGCUCCUUCACCACGGUGCGCUCCUCCUCGCUCCGCCGUGAGGCAGACGAAUCACGACUCUCUGUCUCCCUCUGCGACCUCAACCUGCAGCAGGAGGACGGCUCUGGCCCCACUCACCCGCAUAGCCACGCCCACCUCCAUCUUGCCCCUCCCUCGGCCUCCUGCCCCAUCCCCCAGAAUUCCCUCAAUACCCAGCAGUCGACGGUGCUCCCGCCCUCCCUCGAAAGCGACCUCCAUUUCCACGCCCUCCGUGGUGCGCACAUCAAGACCCUGGACGAGCAGACAGUGGCGAGAUCUGAGCACGCCAGGGAGGAACGAACGCUCGUCUUCACCGACCGGCCACUGCGCACCGGCGAGACCGUGUUCAUCAAGGUGACCAAGUCGUCCCCGGCGCGGUCCGGUUCCCUCUCCUAUGGGGUGACGUCAUGCGACCCAGCCGUGCUCCGCCCCAGCGACCUGCCCUACAAUCCGGAGGCGUUGGUGGACCGCAAGGAAUUCUGGGCCGUGUGCCGGGUCCCCACGCCGCUCCAGAGCAGUGACAUCCUGGGCUUCCUGGUCAGCCAGGAAGGUGAGGUGAUCUUGAGCCACAACGGCACCAACGCUGGCAUGCAGGUGUGUGUGGACAACUCCCGGCCCCUGUGGAUGUUCUUCGGUCUGCACGGAGCCGUCACUCAACUCAAGAUACUAGGUUCCACCCAUCUCGGGGACCAGAUGGUGGGGGCUCCGUCCAAUCCCGGCUCCCCCUCCUCGUCCCCCCACACCCCCAGCACUCUAGCCCUGGCCCUGGGGAUUGGGAACUCAGACCCGGUCCUGAACGGAGGCCUGGGAGGCAGCUGCUCCGCGGCCUACUGCAUCGGCUCUGCCGGAGGAACGUCCCCCGGUUCUCCGGUCAGCCUUCCCAAGUCGCCCACCUUCCCGUCGGGCAGCGGGAGGGGCCCCGGGUGGCCUACCGGUGACGAGUGCUCCAUCUGCUACGAGAACCAUGUGGACACGGUCAUCUACGCGUGCGGCCACAUGUGUCUCUGCUACGCCUGUGGCGUCAAACUCAAGAAGAUGUCCAACGCCUGCUGUCCCAUCUGCCGGAGACACAUCAAAGAUAUCAUAAAGACCUACCGCAGCACGUAAGGGCCACAAACCCAGAUUAAAGGAGGCGAACGUAAGGGGGAGGCUUUUCAGUUCGUGAGGGUCGGGCAACGGACAGUCCACUCCGGUACUUUUGUGUGUCGGAUUUUGGGGGAAGAAUCGCCAAAGGCCCGAUUUUUGUAGUCUGGUGCUAGACUGAUUCUGCAAGGGACUCCAGCAUUUCACACUCCUCUGGCCCCUUCCGAUGCAUUGUGGGAUGCCUUUCUGGAGUGAUGGUGGGUGUGCAACCACUUCAAGGACUUCCUCCCAACUACAAGUGUUCAUCCUUUGUACAUUCUCCGACAAUUCAGGAAGUUUCAGGCUUUGAGAAAAUUGAAGACGUGAAGUAACUUUUUAUUUUGUUGUUCGGGCCACUUCUAGUUGACCCAUGCAAGUCUUUCUCACUUGCAUGGAAGCGAAGAAGCAACAUUUUCCGUCUGUAUUGCUAACCUUUUUUGUCGAAGAGUAAGUGGGCUGUUAGUUCAGACAGUUUUGCUUGUUAACAUGACAAAUGAGAUAAAGACAUGGGCAGUAUUGCCACCCUUUUUGAACAUCUCGAUAUUACACAACUUAUGUCUGUGUUUUACUGAGGCAAACUGCAUAGGCAAUUGGAGGACCUAUGUGUUUUGAUCGGAAAGUAAUUAAUUUCUGUAGAUGUUUUGGGAAUCAUCAAUAGGAAGAUGGCUACAGUUGUAGUUCAAGUUGUGAAGCACAGGAACAUGAGUACAUGAUAUGUAAAUGAGUGCUGUUUCUCCUCAUGUUACUAUAAGUCAUAUAUUCUCAAGCAAAUGUACUUACGUGUGGUAGUUCUAUACAAUAGCAUAUUCAUUGGUGGUAGCUGUACUGUUGCGCUAGAUAGCCAGCUAGCUGCUUGCUUUGCAGUGUUUGUAUGUUGCACUGAAGUCAGUAUUGCCCUCUAGGAGUGUAACGAUUCUUUACAAUGUAACAAAAACAAAACAAAAAAAUCCCUGUCAGCCGAAGCAUCCAAUCCCAGAUUUCGUAUCUACAUCAUGUGACGGGCAGCAGGAAGCAACAAAACACCAAUGCGUUUUCCUCAGGUUCAACUGUUUUAAAGGCCCCUAAAAUGGGAAUGUUUUCUCAGACCCGAGCCCAAUACACUGUGACCUGGCUUCAAAUGCAUUCACACAAUCACACACAUACAUUAGCCAUGUGAUUGUCGCCGUGGUAACAGCAGUCCCCACUGACAACGUGACAACCAAGCUCUAUGAUGAAUGAAACGAUUGUUUUGUUACUUUAGGAUGUGUAAUAAGUAUUACUGUGUUUUUCUUAUACCCUUACUUUCACCAAGACCCCUUACUGAAAACCAAAUAUGCUGUUAUGUGGCCGAAGACAAGUGUCAUAAACAGGGAAACAAGCACAUAAAUCUUAAUUUAACCUGUAAUAUUCUGAUAACCAGCAAUACUUCCUGGUCAGAGAAGGCCAUUUGAAGGCCAUUUUGUGUAAUAUUUUCCUCACUUUAAAACACAGUAAGAUCUUUAUCAUUGACUCCCACCAGCAACACACUUUAUACAAACUAGUGCAGUGUUGUCAGGGCCUGAAGCCAGUUCCUAUAUGUCACAAGUUGAUACAUGCUAAUAGUCUACAGUAAUGCUUGAUGGUCAGUAUGAGAUCAGCAAAUUGCAUUGAAAUUCCCCUCAUACUUUGUGUAUUGGACCUAUAAGCCAUAGCUUUCUACAGAGAGCUGAAAAGGCUUUUUGUUUUUAAAUAGAUUUUUCUUGCAUCCUGUUGUAAUUGAUAGGUAAUUGAGAAAUUGGGCUUGAAUCUAAUGCUGCUAUAGUAUUUGCUGGCUCUUGUUUUUGGCGCAAAUACUGACAGGUAUGUUUCUUAUACAUCCUCUUUAUACUUGCAUAUAGACCUCUGUUUUAAUUAUAUAUAUAAGCUACUGCUUGAAGUUUUGUUUCACAUUUUGAAUGUUAUUAAUUUAUGUUUUUAAAUGAGGCAAAUGGUUUUUAUUGGUGUGGUUAGUAGUAUCAACAAGGAAAACAAUUUUUGUCUGCUUUUUAAGUUUGUAUAAUAUUUUAAUCAUGAUUGUAAAGUUUAUUUUCUGGUUGAACACAACCACUUUGCAGUAUACAAUCAUUACACCAUAUUGCUUUAGGGAAGCACAGUUUAUGUUCAAUCUCUGAAUAUCCAGGUGUUGAAUUGGGAAUUUCUAAGUUGUUUUUCAUGCGCCUUUCUAGGCAGUCCUACUCAGUUAUGUAUGUCCAAUAGCUCUUAUACAGUCUAUAGUUUGAAGGCCAUUGUUGGCGAUGUUUGAAGUCACUUUAUAAAAAUCCUGAUUGUACUUUUUAAAUGGCCUAGUGGUAAUAUCUGGGAUAUUCUGUUUUUGGGGCAGUAAUAAAGGUCCGACCAAAUCCAAAAUCCAGUAACAAAUUGAUUUGCAUAAAUGCAUGUAAUUUCCCAUUGCUUCAUUUUAUUUUAUUUACCCUCUAUCCAAUUAAUUACACUUAAACUGGACUUAUCAAUAAUCACAAACAAUAAUCAACAAUAAUCAUUGGAUAUAAGGCCAUACAAUAAAUUACUUACCUUUCAACAUAUAAUAAUGUAGAAGUAAAACAACCAAGGCACCUACCUUGACCUAUGCAGGGAAUUCAUAAGUGCAACUACCAUAUUUAUUGUGUUAAAGACUCGGAAAUUCUACUAGUCUUACCAGAGGUCAACAGGAUUAAGUUCAGCCUUCCCUUUUUGUUCUCUCACAGACUCAGAGUUUUUCCUAAUCUAGUAACCUGGAAAGACUCACAAGGGUUCUCACUGUGAUAUCAAACAGUUGCAGUGUUUUAUAUAUUUCCCAAACCAAUGAUUUUGGGUUUCUCUCCUCAUUGUUGGUCGACCUCGUAUUGUAUUUUUAUUUACCUUCAAUUGAAGUGAUUUGAUCUCAGACUUUUCUCAGAAUCUACUGUACUUGUGUGUUUGCUUUCUUAUACUAUCCUUUAUUUUAGAAAGCAUUCAGAUACCAUUAGACAGGUUUCACCAGGGAAAGAAACAUUUUUAACUAUUUAGUAUCUUUUGCUAAUAUGUGUUGAUUGUUCACUCAUCCUAGUUAGUGAACAUUGGGACCAAUAGAAGACAAGUUAAUAAUCAAUAUGCUACAUCCCAAUCUCCUAUAGGCCAGCAUUUAAACAGAUUCUAGGGGUUGUCUUCAAGAGUGUGAAACAUACAGAAUGUUGUAUUUAAAAAUAUGACAGAUCAGGCGUGACUGCUCCUAUUUUUGAUGACAAAGAAGAAUGUUCUAGAAAAUAUAUUUAUAUCUGAAUAUUCCGUGAUGUUGUACUCAAAGACCCACCCAUUAGUCUGUAACCAUCAGGAAAGAUUUUAGAAACAGUUCCUAAAUGCUCUUUUGGACAAUGUUAUGACUCAGCUUUGUUUGAGAUAUUUGCAAACCUGUAUUUAUUCAAUAACUAGUUUCCAAGUGAUCUUGUGAGCUCUGUUUAAUGUGAGUCAAAAGGUUGUGUCAAUAAACCUUCCAGACGUGUUUCAUAGAAGUGUUUGCGCCAGGUUUUAUUUAUACAUUUUGAAUUGAUUUGAUUGUAAAUGAUUAGCAUCAUUAUUUCAUCACAAAUAUCCAUCUUUAUAUGAUUUGACUAUAUGAUAUGCACAUGGUGUACAUAUUCAUAUAACACAUACAUUUGACAACAAAUUAAUUAAAGCACAUCUCUUCAAUAUUCA